AUGUGCAGUGUGCGCGCGCGCGAGCGCAGCGCGCCCCCGCGCCGCCCCUUCGGCCCGGCCCUGUGUGCGGCGGCUGCUGCCGGGUCGGGCGGCGGGAGCGCGCGGCGUCGGAGGCCGCCCCUUUGCGGAACGCCGAGCGCCGCGGGAGAGUGAAGGGCCGGGGAGGACAAGGAGCCCUGGGCCCGAAGCGCGCCAGCUCCCGCUCGGGCGACCGCGGACAUGUGCAGGAUGUCCUUCAAGAAGGAAACUCCACUUGCCAACGCUGCAUUCUGGGCAGCCAGGAGAGGAAACCUGGCGCUGCUGAAGCUGCUGUUGAACAGUGGCCGGGUGGACGUGGACUGCAGAGACAGCCACGGCACCACACUCCUGAUGGUUGCUGCCUAUGCUGGCCACAUAGACUGUGUGAGGGAACUGGUUCUGCAAGGAGCAGACAUCAAUCUCCAGAGAGAGUCAGGUACAACUGCCCUAUUCUUUGCCGCCCAGCAAGGCCAUAAUGAUGUCGUGAGAUUUCUCUUUGGAUUUGGAGCAUCCACUGAAUUUAGGACCAAAGACGGGGGCACCGCCCUUUUGGCUGCCAGUCAGUACGGGCACAUGCAGGUGGUGGAGACCUUGCUGAAGCACGGAGCAAACAUCCAUGACCAACUUUAUGAUGGAGCCACUGCCCUCUUCCUAGCUGCCCAAGGUGGUUACUUGAAUGUUAUUCGAUUACUGCUGGCUUCAGGAGCAAAAGUCAACCAGCCAAGGCAGGACGGGACAGCGCCCCUGUGGAUCGCGUCCCAGAUGGGCCACAGCGAGGUGGUGCGGGUGAUGCUGCUGCGCGGAGCCGACCGCGACGCUGCGCGGAACGAUGGCACAACAGCAUUAUUGAAAGCAGCCAACAAAGGGUAUAAUGAUGUCAUAGAAGAGUUGCUUAAAUUCUCACCCACUCUUGGUAUUUUGAAGAAUGGGACAUCAGCGCUCCAUGCAGCAGUGCUCAGCGGGAACAUUAAAACAGUUGCGCUGCUCCUAGAAGCAGGGGCAGACCCAUCCCUGAGAAACAAGGCCAAUGAACUUCCAGCAGAACUAACCAAAAAUGAACGUAUAUUGCGUCUCCUGAGAAGUAAAGAAGGUCCCAGAAAGAGCUAACUUAGCUCCAUAUUUGACAAAAAGAUAGAAAGUUUAACCACAUUGUCCAAAAAGAAAUUGCAUUUCAAGCAGUGUUGGAAAUUCUUUUAUGAAAAAAAAAAAUGCCCAGAAUGCCCACCCUGUGGGUCCCUGACAAAGAAGAGCUACGCUCUGUGCGCCAAGUCAAGAACCAAACAGCUCAGGGACCCUCUUGCCCCUUCACCAUGGACUUCUCAUGGUGUCCUGUAACUCAGCUCCCGGGGGGCCUGGCAUGUUCACAGAUUCCACAGAAACUCAUUUUCAACAAUGCUAACUUGGGCCUCUCAGUUAAACUCUAAGGUGGACAGGGUUCUCAGUACUAAGCAAGGAGACAGAAUGCUUUGUUCCUUUAAAAGACUGAAAAGCUGACCUUCAAUGGAUUGAUGCACUUUUGCUUUUGUGUUAAAUGUAGAUGUGCUAAAAUAUAUAGAUCUAUCAUAUUUUACCUACAUAUAUAAGUCAUUCCAGUAUAAAACAUUCUCCCCUACCCAAGAACCAUAGCCAUGAUUGUUCUAAAUCAAUGAAGUGUAAACAUACAUUAUUAAAAAACUACUUCUGACAUUCCAUUAUGUGCUAUUCAAAGAUGGACUAUUGAACUAUAGAAAAGACAGACUGUGCAUUUGUUCGUUGAUCCUCAUCUUAUUCCUGACAUGUAAAAAUCAAUUUUACAUAGAGUCAACAUUGUAGGUAGGUUACGAUACCAGUAGCAAAUUUGGAAAUUCAGAAAGUUAUAAACCACGAGAAAUAUAUAGGCUUGUCUCUUUGGUCUUUUAUUUUGGCUCUAUUGUUGGGAACCUAUUUCCUAUUCCAUAAGUAAGUAUACCUAACAUGCUGUGGAAUCUUGAGUUUCCAACACCGUGUUGCUUGAUAGAAUGACUUUGAGGUCCUUCGAUAAAAUGGGAUAUAUGCAAGUACAGUAUGUUGCUAUUACUGUUGCAGGAGUAUAAAUAAUAAAAGACUGUUAUUAGCACUUAGUAAGUCUUCAUCUAUGCAUGUUUUUGAGUCGACUGAUUAUAAGAACAAAAUAUGAGGUUUAUUGAAUUAUUCCUUUGAAGGAGAUCAAAACUUAUAUUCAAUGCACUUUAUAAUUAAUGGUGUCUAAAUGCCUCAGUCAGUGCCUAACUGCACAUACAAAAAUAAAACCUUCUUUCUGUAAUCUACCAAAAUAAACGCAAUGGUAUUUCUGCUAUUUAAACACAUCUUUAGCUUAUUUCUUCAUGUUCUGCUCUGGUUUUCAGUCAGUGUCUAUGUAAAGACAUGUUUAGAGGAAAAUGUUGUAAUCCCAAAAGAAUUUUUGUUUAACCAACUUUCAGUGUUACUAAAAGGAUUAUCUUUAAUUCAGUAAAUAAUAGAAUAUAAUCUUCAAAAUUAGAAGAUAUUCUCUUAAAAUUUAUUACAAUUAAUGCAACAAAAAUCAGCAUAUUUUAAUAAAUGUCUCAAGCAAGUGAGCAACUCACAGGCCCCAGAGGUGCCUACAGCCUGACCAGCUAUACAAAAAGCCUGCAACCUGAUUCUAGGAUAAAAUAUUAGAAAGCUCUCUGUUGCUAAAACAUCCAAAUAUAAACAUUUUGGUGGCUAAAAAGCAGUGCCAAUUUCCUCAUUGACAUUCUUUCAUUCAGCAAAUUUGUACAAAUAUACAUUUUCUCCUGUGGGAAUUUCAAAAAGCUAUAUUCAUUUUGAACAGGAAAAUAAUAUGGCCAUUUUUAAAUGCUUUGUAUUUUCCCCUUAGUUAGCCGUUAUGGCAAAAAUAGUUGCUAAUCACUGAUACAAAGCAAAAUGUUAUGGGUACUGAUAACAAAGUUCCAAAAGACAAAAUGAGAUGAAACACAAACUUACUGUUUUUCACUAAAACAUGUCAUUGGCCUAUUACAUCAAUAGUUUUAAGUGGGUAAUGUUCUUGAACAACAUUAGAGCCAUAAAAUUGAAGCCAGUAGCUUUAACAAUAUGGAGGCCUUCUUACUGUAGGUAAGAGGUGUCUAGCUUAAAAGGAUCACAUUUGAUCUAGAUGAGAUUACCCAUAGCAGGGAAAAUGAUUAAUCACCUACCAAAGACUGUACGGAAAGGUGUGUUAUUUUAAAAAUUGCAUUUUAGUUUGCAUACAUGUAAAUGAUUAUUCUAUGUUAAUCUAAUUGACAAUUCAGUUAGCUCCGCAUCCUAAGACUUAAAACUAGCAAUUCCUACGCAAAUCGUCUGCUUAACUGAACUACAAACAUUUUUCAUUAAUUCAUUUCUUUGAUGACAUAUUCCAUGUUAUAUAAUAAUUCAAAAUAAAGUUAAUAUACUACCCCA